GGGCCGCCAGGGCCGGGAGUGACGGGACGUCGCGGCGGAGCGGCCCGAGGCCCUGAGGCCCACGGCCCGAGGCCUUGGUCGGCCAGGCAGGCAGCAGAGCUCUCAGGCAGGCGGGCGGGGAGACCACCAGCCUUGCCCGUCGGCCCUCAGGCAGCACAGCCCCCCGGAGCACCCCGCACACAAGAACAUGAAGCUGUUGGAGAACUCGAGCUUCGAGGCCAUCAACUCACAGUUGACGGUGGAGACGGGAGACGCACACAUCAUUGGCAGGAUUGAGAGCUAUUCGUGCAAGAUGGCAGGCGACGACAAGCACAUGUUCAAGCAGUUCUGCCAGGAGGGUCAGCCCCACGUGCUGGAGGCACUGUCCCCACCGCAGACCUCGGGCCUGAGCCCCAGCAGGCUGGGCAGGAGCCAGGGCGGCGAGGACGAGGGCCCGCUCAGCGACACGUGCAGCCGUAAGACCCUCUUCUACCUGAUCGCCACGCUCAAUGAGUCCUUCCGGCCCGACUACGACUUCAGCGCGGCCCGCAGCCACGAGUUCAGCCGGGAGCCCAGCCUGAGCUGGGUGGUGAACGCUGUCAACUGCAGCCUCUUCUCUGCUGUGCGAGACGACUUCCGGGCCCUCAGGCCGCAGCUGUGGGAUGCUGUGGACGACGAGAUCUGUCUGGCUGAGUGUGACAUCUACAGCUAUAACCCCGACUUGGACUCAGAUCCCUUCGGGGAAGACGGCAGCCUCUGGUCCUUCAACUACUUCUUCUACAACAAGCGGCUGAAGCGCAUUGUUUUCUUCAGCUGUCGCUCCAUCAGCGGUUCCACCUACACCCCGUCGGAGUCCGGCCAGGAGCUGGACAUGGAGCUGGGGGAAGAGGAGAUGGAGAAAGAGCCAGGCGGCGAGGCGGGGGCGGAGGAGGCCGGCGCCAGGGAGGACAGAGUCCCUGUGGUUUGUAUGUGACGGCGAGGAGGAGGAGCAGAGCCAGCUUCGUCCAGCUUGGACCAGGCGCACACCUGCUGGCCUGAGGUGCCCGGGCCGCCCUGCUGCUGGCCGGAGCCCGGCGCUGCCCCCGGCCACGCCUGCCGGCUCUGGGCUCAGCCUGCACUCUCCUGCCCCGUGCCAGGCUGCGCUGGGCAGCAGGGACCCUGCGACACAGCGGCGGCGACAAGGACGCUGGACCACAGAGUUUAUUUUUGUAUUUCCCUCCGGGGCCACACUCCAGCCCGCGGGGCCCUGUGUGUGGACCCCUGCGCGCACAGCCCCCGGCUCUGACCUUGGAUGGCCCUCGGCGCCCCCGACUCCUCACCUCGCCCGUUGGGCCGUGUGCACUGAGUGUCACUUUGCUGCAGCUCGUUUGUUUCAAAUAAAAGUUUCCUGACUUGG